GGCCUCACGGCGCGCUGCCUUCCUUACAGUCUAGAAACUACGUUUCCCAGAAGACACUGCGGCGCCGGCCCAAUCGCUACGCCGCAUCGGCGCGGCGUUGUGCGUCUGCGCCAUCUUCCGGCUCCAGGCGACGAGUUCGCCGGUAGCGCCGGGAACGCUCACCUGGGACAGCCUCGGGGGGGCGCAGUGUCGGCGGCACUCGGACCCGAGAAGGCGGCAGCUCUGCCACCCCAGGACGCGGCCUUCGCUGGGAGGAGGACCCUCAGCCCAUGAGGCUCUGAGCGUCGUGUCCAUGGGGCCGGACCUGUUCCGGGACGUGGACCAGUUCCGGGACGUGGGCCUGUUCCGGGACGUGGGCCUGUUCCGGGACGUGGCCGUGGUCUUCUCGCGGGAGGAGUGGGCGUGGCUGGCGCCUGCGCAGAGAGCCCUGUACCGGGACGUGACGCUGGAGACGUACGGCCACAUGCGUGCGCUGGGUCUCGCGGUCUCCAAGCCCGACGUGAUCUCCCUCCUGGAGGCGGGCGAGGAGCCCUGGCGGGCGGCGGGGCCGGCGGGGGGCCGGAGCCCCGCCCGGGAGGCCGGGUCUGGAGGGAGGGCGUCCCCUCCGGAGCGGCCCGCCUGCGAGGGGCAGUCCGCCCGGGCGGAGGGAACGGACAGCCUCGCGAGCUGCGGUCCCCAGCGCUCGCACCUCCAGGAUGACGGGGAGCGCAGAGGCCCCUGCGACGGACAGCGGGAAAGCCCGGACGAACAUCGGGGUCCGGGCGUCCUCCGCCCCGCAGACGCGCCCCCUCCAGGCCCGCAGGCACCCCUCCCUCUCUGUGAGAGAGUCCCUCCCGGGCGGGGGCCCUGUGAGCGCGAUGGAUGCAGAGGAGCCUUCUGGCCAGAGGGCGGCGUCCUCCACCCCCGGGGCGCCCGCGCCAGCGAGAAGCCCUACAAGUGCCGGGAGUGCGGCAAGGCCUUCAGGUACGGCUCCCGCCUGGUCCAGCACGAGAGCAUCCACUCCGGCCGGAAGCCCUACGCCUGCCCGGAGUGCGGCAAGGCCUUCAGCUCGGGCUCCAACUUCGUGCAGCACCAGCGGGUCCACACCGGCGAGCGGCCCUACGCCUGCCAGCUGUGCGCCAAGGCCUUCGGCCGCAGCUCGCAGCUCCUGGAGCACCAGCGCACCCACACCGGCGAGAAGCCCUACCAGUGCGCGCAGUGCGGGAAGGCCUUCAACCGCCUCUCGCACCUCCGGGUCCACGGCAGGACCCACAGCGGGGAGAAGCCCUACGCCUGCGAGGCCUGCGGGGGCGCCUUCAGCCACCGGUCCCAGCUGGUCCAGCACCGGGCCCUGCACACCGGCCAGAAGCUCUACGAGUGCCGGGACUGCGGGAAGGCCUUCAACCAGGGCUCCACCCUCAGCCGGCACCGGAGGAUCCACACCGGCGAGAAGCCCUACGCCUGCCAGGCCUGCGGGCGGGCGUUCCGCGUGAGCUCGCAGCUGAAGCAGCACCAGCGGACCCACACCGGGGAGAAGCCCUACGCCUGCGAGGCCUGCGGGCGGGCCUUCACCCGGGUCGCCCACCUCACCGUGCACCUCCGCGUCCACGCGGGCGAGCAGCCCCGCGCGGGCGAGGCCUUGAGCCGCGGCCCCCAGCCGGCUCAGCACCCGGUCACGCACACCGAGGAGGAGCCCUGGGGCUGCACGGAAGGCGGGAGGACUUGGAGCCAUGGCCCGGCCACGCUUCCGCGUCCGAGGAGGCAGCACAGAGAAGCACAGGCGAAUGCGAUCGAUGCAGGGAAGCCGUCCGUCAGCACAUACCCCUUGUUGAUCAUCAGAGAACUCGUGUUAGCGAGCAGCCCCAGGAAGGGAAGCAGUCGGGAGAGCCCAUUGGCUUAGGCCAGUCAUGCCAUCAGCGAAUGGGACCAAUGAGGAGACCCCGUUGGCUUAGGCAACUGGUCGGCAAACUCAUCUGUCUGCAGAGCCAAAUAUCAACUCUACAACGAUAGAAAUUUCUUUGGAGAGCCACAUUUUUUAAACUUAAACUUCUUCUAACGCCACUUCUUCCAAG